UUACUACUCCAAGCAAAGUAUCCAUAAAAUUCUAUAGCCUCACUCCAUAUCAUCUUCAUGUAAGUAGCUAUCUCCAAAAUCUAGCAUUUCCCACCCAACUCUCUCAUACAUACUAACCAACAACAAUGCAUCAUAUAUUGUCCAUACUCUUUGCACUAUUAUUAACAAUCCCUUCAUUUCCUUUGUGUUCUAGUUAUAACCAUAGUAACACAUGUAGAUCCUAUUGUGGUAACAUAUCGAUCGACUAUCCAUUUGGGCUCAAAUACGGGUGUGGUCACCCUGGCUAUCGCGAUCUCCUAUAUUGCAUCAAUGAUGUCCUCAUGUUACAUGUAGCUUCAGGGUCAUAUCGAGUUUUAGACAUUGAUUACACCUUCCAAGCCCUUACGUUGCAUGAUCCUCACUUGUCGACAUGCAACUCGAUCGUGCUUGGGUCGAAAGGAAACGGGUUCGUGGUUGAGUCGUGGCGAGCCCCGUUCUUGACUCCGGCACCGGAUAAUGCCUUUUUGUUGAUCGGUUGCUCGGCUAAAUCUCCACUCUUUCAAGGACUUCCAUCUAAGCACUUGGCUUGUAGAAAUGUUUCGGGUUUGGGCUGUGAAGACUAUUAUAAGUGUCCAGCUUGGGGAUCUUUCGGCCCAAAUAAAGUGGGCCUAGGCCUACCAGAAUGUUGUGCUGUGGCCUAUGGUGAACUUGGGCCGAAUCAAGGUAUAAAUCUUACCAAAUUAGAUUGCCAAGGGUAUAGUAGUGCUUAUAGCUUGGCACCUUUAAGAAUUGAUGGGCCACACGAGUGGUCUUAUGGCAUACGUGUGAAGUAUUCGGUCCAAGGACACGACGCGUUUUGCAAAACGUGUGAAGCUACUCGUGGCACGUGUGGGUAUAGUGGUGAUAACGGAAAUGAAAUUACAGAAUUGUGCUUUUGUGGUAAUCAGAAUUCAACAUCAAGUUGUGACUCUACUACAUCAGUUGAAUCAAUGAUAUCAAAAGCCAAUACUUUGAAAGCCUUGUCAUGGAAUGCCAUAGUGAUAAUAGGUAUUCUAAUUUCUAUGGAUUUAUGGAAUAAAGGUUAAAACAAUUAUUGCAAAUUGAAGUUGCCAGAUUCUAGCUAUACACAUGAUUCGAUGAACGUGCUCAUGUGCAAUGCCCAUAAUACGUACGAGCUAUUGAGAACAUUGCAAAUGGUUGUCUUUUGUAGGGUUUAGUGAUAGAUGUAGUAGCAUUUUCAUGCAACUUCUACAAAGUAUUUCUCUUUAUCUUUGUGAUAAUUUGUAAAACUACUUGUGUAAUUUAAUAAUUUGUAAAGUCA